AAGAAGACAUAACUGGAGAGGAUUUGGGCUUAUAUUUUACUAACUCCUUCUCAAAGCCCAAUUAUCAAUUUAAAGUAAAUAAUCUUUAUCUCAACUUAACUUCUCUUCUCUUCUUCUUCUCUUACCAGUCAGCCUGCCACGCGACGGUCACAUAAAUUCCGACCUCGUAGUCUCCUACCACCCUCCGUUCAGUUCAUCUUUCAAUCGCAACAGCACGUAGCCAAAAGGCGAAAAGGUCGCCUCUUUAUGUUCAAAAUAGUGUCAGACAAGUCCAUCUAAGAGAGCUUCUCUUUACACCGUAAUUGAGUUGGGACCUUGGGGCUUUAAGAGGAACUGAGGGACGAAGGGGUCAUUUAUGAGAGAAAUGGAUAACAAAUUGGCUCAACAGCUCUAUUCAGAAAGCUUGCAGCUAUCCAAUUUUCACUUGGGCCAUUCUUCAAUUGCCAACGGUUUCAAUGAGGCUGACAUUCAGGCUGAAGAUGGAUGUUUAUGGGGUGAUUCUGACGAGGAAUUGGAUAAAUCAUCUGAUUUAGACAGGGAGUGGCAGAGGAGGCAUGACCAGUUCCACACAAUUGGAUAUCGUGAUGGCCUGAUAGCAGGGAAACAAGCUUCUGCACAGGAAGGUUUUAAUAUUGGCUUUAAGCAAUCAGUUUCCAUAGGGUACAGCCGGGGCCUUGCCAGAGGUGUUACGAGCACUCUGGCUUGUCUUCCAGAUGAGUCGAGGGAGAAGUUGAUUGACACACAAGAAAAGAGAGAUGGAUUCCAGGAGUUUUACAAAUCCAUGAAUGCGCUUUCAACUACAGAUGCACUUAAGUUGUUUCAUGAUGAUAUUUUGACAAAAAAAGCUGGGGAUCAGAGUGAGCCUGCCGAGGCUGGUGUUAGUGUAGGUGGUUCACAAGAACAAAGCUCAAAUUCUGAUAGUUUGAGAAGUUAUACUGCUGAGCUUCAAUCACUUUUUCUUGAAUCGCCUGAAAUCAAACUACAAUUCUUCCAUCCAGAAGUUUCAACUCCUUAUGUUUGUUGAAAACUGAAUGCACAUUCUUGUUUUCGCCCACGAAGCUCAAAAGUAGAGCAUGAACAAAGCCUUAGGAAACGUUUGCAAGUAGUUUCCCAAGAUUCUUAUUACCAUCUUUUGUGAUUUAAAAAUGCAAAAGAAAUUUGAUUGUUUUACUAUUAUUACUUGUGUGAUAUACUCAAAAAUCUAGAAUUCUUGCUUCUGUGAUUUACUAUUAUUAAUAGUUUAAUACUUCUGUGAUUUAAAGAUUUCACAACAUAAUCAGACAUGCUUGGUUCCCUCUUCCCA